UCCUGAAAGGAGCGCGACGCGCCCAAGAUGGAGGGCAGAAGCCCCCGUCCGCCAUGUUGGGCGUGUCAUCUUCCCUCAAACUCGCCGCCUGGCUGCCUCGGCGACCUUUCCCGACCUUACCUCACUUACAGGCGUCGUUAAGCGACGCUCUCACCUGGGGGAGCAACCCAGCGAGGUGGUCUCCAGCCGGGAGGGGAGGGCUACACCCAAGAUGGCCGAGCGAGGGGAGGCCGGGCGUUAUAUAGGGCCGGUCUCCUUGGUGACGACGUGGGAGGCCUAAGCGGGAGCACAGGGGGAAGCGGCAUUCAUGCAAGGAGCGGCUGGAGAGGAGACUCCGGCAGCCCCGCUCGUCGGCCAUCAGCUGUUUGGUACAAUGGUGAAAAGAAUCGCCCUCUUCCAUCUGCUGUGGUUGUCCCUCGUGCCACUGGGAGCCUGCGAUGGACCCCCCGUGCUCUCUGUUCCUGAAGAGGUUUUGCUGGAAAAUGGUGGCGUGGCUGAUGUCGCUGUGACUUUAAGCGCACCACUCAACAAGACACUGGCAAUCACGUUUCACGUGACGUAUUCCUCCAAGGCAAACAGCACCAUUGUCAAGCUGCCCGAUCAAGUAAUCCUAGCAGCAGGUCUAAAGGAGGUGACCUUCCUAGCGCAAGCGAAAGAAGUUGGGCAGAUUACUGUGUAUCUUCAAGCAAACGCAUCCAACCAAGCUGGGCAGAGAAUCCGGUUCCUCGUGAUCCACAGUAACGCAGUGAGGAUUGUGGACCAGGUGAUUGGGUGGAUCUAUUUCCUGGCCUGGUCGGUCUCCUUCUACCCUCAGGUGUUCGAGAACUGGAGGCGGAAAAGUGUGGUCGGCCUCAGUUUUGACUUUAUAGCUCUGAACCUCACUGGCUUCAUCGCCUACUCGGUGUUCAACGUUGGCCUCUUCUGGAUCGGCUCCGUGAAGGAGCAGUUCCUGCGUGUCUAUCCCAAUGGCGUGAACCCGGUAGACAGCAAUGAUGUCUUCUUCAGCCUGCACGCCGUUGCCGUCACCCUCUUCAUCAUCUUCCAGUGCCUCAUCUAUGAGAAAGGGAGUCAGAAGGUCUCGUGGAUCGCCAUCACCUUGCUGGUGAUUGCCUGGCUCUUUGUCUUCACCACCUUGUCCUUGGCCGCUGCCGGAGAAAUCACGUGGCUGGCGUUCUUGUUUUAUUUUUCCUACAUCAAGCUAGGCAUCACACUCGUCAAGUACUUCCCGCAGGCGUACAUGAAUUUCCGUCGGAAGAGCACCGUCGGCUGGAGCAUCGGCAACGUCUUGCUGGACUUCGUGGGGGGCGCCUUCAGCCUCCUCCAGAUGUUCCUGCAGUCCUACAACAACGAUGCAUGGAAGCUGCUUUUCGGGGAUCCCACCAAGUUUGGCCUUGGCAUCUUUUCCAUCUUUUUUGACAUUGUCUUCAUCGUUCAGCAUUACUGCUUGUAUCGGUCUCGAGAAUACGAGCCGUUUGAGUAACCACCUAUUGCAAUGGAUGUGCAUCUGCCCCUUGUCUGAAUUCCCCAGCCGUACUUCCCUCGAAGUGGAUAUGCGACACAAAUGUAAGACUGACUCGUCUGAGAAGUGUUGACAACACACCUCAUUUUGCCUCUCCUAAAUCCCCUGGUGCCUUAUAUUCUGAGACUGCAGCAAAACCCUGGCAAAGGCGCAGCCUCUUGUGGGCUUUUCAAGUAAGUGUCGUUCUCAGAAAAGGAGCAGAGAAAAUACACUCUUUGCUUUCCAGCUGUUGACAGCUAUGAGCAAGGAAAGCUUUUUGUGAGCCGGCCAGCUACGAGGAAGGAGAAAAGGGUGACCCCUUGGAAGGGGUGCAAGCCAGAUUGUCUGCUUGAAGCCACUUGUGCCACAGAUGAAGUCUCCCUCUUGGAGGGGAAGGAAAGGGGUUUGGGGAAAUGUUUGGACUCCUGCUGUAAACCCUCCUUUUCUAGUUUUGCUGUUGUGCUGAGGAAAUGGCGAACUGGCCUUCAAAAGAAAAGAAAAGCUGGUGUAGGAGGGUGGCUGGAUUAAAAGCUCUUUUAACAAA